UUUCAAUUUGAACUUUUCAUCACUGUUUCGGUGUAAUAAGACAUGGCUAGUAAGCUUUUGUGGAGUAUAUCCUUUGUGAUACAGUGUUUGUCUGUUCUAGGAGGAAUUCAGAAGGAGAUCCUGGCUCCUGGAGAUGGAAAAACGUAUCCAGAAGACAGGUGGACAGUGAUGGUCCAUGCAACAGAGAUGUUUGAAAAUGGCACCGUCAUUGAAAGCUCCAGGGGGAGAAAACCACUGUUCUUUGUUGUGGGUGAAGCUAUACCAGCAUUAAACGAAGGCGUAAAAAGUAUGAGUAAGGGGGAAAUUUGCGAGCUGACUGCCACACCAGACAUGGCUUACGGCGAGCAGGGCAAACCGGGAUUGAUUCCCCCGAAUUCCGUCAUUGUGUUUGAGCUUCAUUUGGUGGACAUGUGGGAUAAACCUCUCUACAUCUCCCUGGAAGAUGUAGUUGUGGCUAAAGACCAAAAUUCUAACUAGACUGCCAGCAAGUCUGAAGCAAAUUCCAAGGCGAUUACGGUCAAACGGCAAGGAAAGAAGGACAAAUUGUGUUUUUUUCUUGUACAAAUCAAUUGUAAUAAAACACUUCUACUGGACAAA